UGGUGGCGGUAAUGCACCGUGUCAAUUUGCAAACCGCCAAUAAACUCGACAGAAGAAGAAGCGUCCUUGACUGACCCACGUGAUUUUAGCUUCCUCCUUAGUCGGUUAGCAGCCUCGGUUCUGUGUUCACUUUAUUAUUACAAUAAUAAUAAUAAUUAUUAUUAUUAUUAAUUCACGUGUAUUAGACUUCGGUUUUUGUUCUGAUAGCGUGACGGCUGGCGGGGCUCGUUAUAAUGUCCGGUAACAGUAAGCUGCUGGUGUUGUUAACUCGUGUCGCAGUAAGACACUUGACGUUGAGACGCGACGUGAUUGCUGGCGGUUCCGUUCAGUUGCGGACACUCCGGACCGUGUGUCCCCUGAACCUUCAGGUCGGACCGAGGAUCAGCCAGCGCGGCCUGUGCAACAAGUCAGAUGCACCUGUUCAAGACGAACACCCACCGCUGCUGGAGUACCAGCCUGAUGCAGAACCAGAGAAGUUGGUGUAUCUCGUACAGGUGAAGGGUCUUCCCUGGUCAUGCACGGUGCAGGACCUUCACCAGUUCUUCUCAGAUUGCUGGAUUCGUGAUGGGGAGAAAGGGAUCCACCUGACUGUGGACUGGAUGGGGAGGCCGACGGGAGAAGCGUUCAUCGAGCUGAUGCACAGGGAUGAUGUCGACAAAGCUCUGGAAAAGGACCGACAGUAUCUUGGUCCUCGCUAUGUUGAAGUGAUGGAAGUGACAAACAGUGUCGCAGAGGCCAUCAUGAAGAAAAGGGCCCAGGCUCCAAAGAGUGAUGGGGUAUUGCGGCUCAGAGGACUCCCCUACAGCUCCACAGAGGCUGACAUCAUUCAGUUCUUUUCAGGUUUGGAUAUCGUGGAGAAUGGCAUCACAAUUAUCUUGGACCACAAAGGAAGAAACUCUGGAGAGGCAUUUGUGCAGUUUUCCUCCCAGGAGGUAGCUGAAGAAGCUCUGCAGCGAGACAAAGAGGUCAUAGGCAACAGAUACAUUGAGUUGUUUCCCAGCAGAGUCAGUGAGAUUCAUUCAGGUUGGCACAGAGCAGCUGCAGCUUCUCCUCAGAUCAGGAGGGACAUUCCUGACAGGCCGACCACGUACAAAACUGGAUCCACCCACAGAGCUGAUGUGCUGCUGCAUUUCAUCCACAUGAGGGGGCUUCCAUACAGUGCCACCAGGCUUGACAUAAUUAAGUUCUUCUUUCCUCUGACUGUGUCCAACAUUAUAAUUGAAUGGAGGUCUGGCAGACCGACGGGCGAGGCUGACGUUUACUUCUCUUCCCAUCAAGCGACUGUGGAAGCAAUGUCCAGAGAUGGACAGUAUAUAGGGGGCCGAUACAUCGAGUUAUUCCUGAAUUCUCCAAUAGAAUCUAAUCAAAGGUGAAUGCUGAUGUACUACAGAAGACUGGUGUGUUUAUUUUACAGCUGGACAAUAAAUACUUGUAGUGCAAAAAAGGAAGAAGAGAAAAUUCCAUCUAACAGCAGGAACUGUAAGACCGGAUCAGAGAAUUCAUAAUGUGCAUUUUAAAUAAAGCUACGAAUUGACA